UAGAAGUCAGGAAAGAUUCCUUCCUUCUCUGCUUUAUUGGUCUUUCCAUUUUGUUACUUUUCAACUCUAUUUACCAUCUUCCAUUCUAAGGGCCCUCAGAGGCAACUCCUCUUCGUUUGGGAUUCUGCUGUUCAUUCUUCAAUCUUCACCGGAGAGCGAGCAAGGAAUUGAAGAGGGGCAAAUGGCAACUUCUUUUUGCUUCUUCACUCUUUUGCUAUUUCUUUCGACCAUCUCUUCCUUCUACCUCCAGGUUAUUGCUGAAGCACCAGAUUCUACACUGAAGCUUAAUUCUAGGAUCCUUCAGGAGUCGAUAAUUAAAAAAAUCAAUGAAAACCCCAAUGCUGGAUGGGAAGCUGCCAUGAAUCCUCAAUUUUCCAAUUACACUGUUGGUCAAUUCAAGUAUCUCCUUGGGGCCAAGCCAACUCCCAAAAAGGAGUUGAGGGGUUUUCCGGUUACAAGUCAUCCAAAAUCUUUGAAGUUGCCAAAAGAAUUUGAUGCAAGAAAAGCUUGGCCACAAUGUACCACCAUUGGAAGAAUUCUAGAUCAGGGUCAUUGUGGAUCUUGUUGGGCGUUUGGUGCUGUUGAAUCACUAUCUGAUCGCUUUUGUAUCCACUUUGGCAUGAACCUAUCGUUGUCUGUCAAUGAUCUCUUGGCAUGCUGUGGCUUUUUAUGUGGAGAUGGUUGUAAUGGAGGGUAUCCAAUCUAUGCAUGGAGAUACUUUGUCAACCAUGGCGUUGUCACCGAAGAGUGUGACCCAUACUUUGAUGAUAUUGGCUGCUCCCACCCUGGCUGUACGCCUGAAUUCCCUACUCCAAAGUGUGUAAGAAAAUGUGUUGAUAAGAACCAGCUCUGGAGCCAGUCAAAGCAUUACGGUGUCAAUGCAUAUAGAAUUAGCUCUGAUCCCCAAGAUAUUAUGGCUGAAGUUCUUACAAAUGGACCUGUAGAGGUUGCUUUCAUUGUUUAUGAGGAUUUUGCUCAUUAUAGAUCUGGAGUUUAUAAGCACAUUACUGGUGAUGUAAUGGGAGGCCAUGCAGUUAAGCUUAUUGGGUGGGGGACUUCUGAUGAUGGAGAGGAUUAUUGGCUUCUUGCAAACCAGUGGAAUAGAGGCUGGGGUGAUGAUGGUUACUUCAAGAUACUGAGAGGAACAAAUGAGUGUGGCAUUGAAGAAGACGUGAUUGCUGGUUUGCCUUCGGCCAGAAAUCUUGAUCUUGUUAGAGAGGUUACUGGCACGGAUGGUGUUGGGGAUGAGAUUGUUGUACCACAAGUGCUGUAAUUUAUGCAUAAGACAUGAGUUGCAGAGAUAAAUUAUGGAUACGUAUCAGGCAUGGAUAGAAACCAGAUUUACAAAUCCAUGUUGUAAUAUUUGUUUGUGCCAACAAAACAUUUAUUGUCCAUUUAAGAAUGUCAGUCUGUAAGUAUUGUAUGGCUUGUUCUUCAAAUGUAUAAUAGGAUUCCCCCGCAUUUUCAUUUCA